AUGUCGGAAGUGAAAAAGAGAAAGUUGUACAGUGCACCUUCCGUAAAUGUGGAUAGUCACCUUGUUCAAAAGCUAAGUGAGAUACAAUCAUCGACCGACAACUUGGAAUUGAUAUUGCAAUUGAUACAACGCGGUGACUUGGACAGAGUGCUAUCAAUUUGGUCAUAUUACUCUUCGGUGAAUAACCACAAAGAAUUUGUUGAUAUAACAAACAAGAUUAACCAUGUGCUACGUGUAGCCAAUGAGAACAAAGACACCUUCUUACCGGUACGACAAAAUAUCAUUGAUUUUGCAAAAGAUGUAUUGAUUAAUUACUCCAAGAUCACUUAUCGUGCAUUGAGCAGCUUGAAACCUUCGUCAACCAACCCAACAAUCAGAUUCUUGGACAACUUGAUCAUCUAUGAUUAUUCCAUAGCUCAAGAGUUUCUCAACAGCUUCGACUUGACCCUUCCUGUGUUGCCCAAAUUGAUGACUCCAAGCAAACUUGAAAUAGAGGCUGGAGAAGUAAAUGACCAGUUUUCCAUAAGAUCAAAUUUUAUCAAAUUGUGGAUUGAUUUAUGUGCCAAUGUUGCUUAUUUCCAUCGGUUGGACUUGUUGACGAAUCACCCAAAGAUAGUUAAGAAUAUUUGGAAAUAUUUGCAACUUGACUCUGUCAAUCUGAUGCAGAACUUGAUACAGUUUCUCAAUGAUAAGUUACUUGAUGAAAGUAACUUCAAAAAGGCACAAAAGUGCAAGAUAUUAAAUGACAGUUUCAUGUACAAAGCUCACUUAUUGUUCAACAAAAUCAAAGAACCAUUUUUUCUCGACUUUAUGACCAAGCUAACCACAGAUUCCAAAAAUGGAUUGGUUUUCGAUAACGACAAGUUAUGGAUUCAAGACUCAGACGUUGGUGUAGUUGUUGAAGUUAACAAUAAAAAGUUUAAGAUCGCCAACAAAUUACUAUACACGUUAUUGACGAGUUUGAAGCCAAUCGAUUCCAACAAGCAACUACAAUUUAUUGUGAAGGUAUUGACAAAUUGUCAAGAAUUGAUACCACCGUACAUGAACUAUCUCGUCCAACAUGGAGGAGGUUACCAUGAUCCAUCAUUGACGUCGUGGUGGGUUUCGCAUACUUUGUUGUACACCAACGUGCUACAAAUACCGAUCCCCAAAUUUGAAGUAAAUGUGGAGUUUACAAAAUUUGAUGUUAGGACUAUUUUUGAAAGCAUUGUUUUUGCACCACUCCUGAAAGGAGCAUUAGUCGAAGGCUUAUCUUCGAAAACGGGAUUGACGGUACAAUUGACGUUGCAAUUGAUUCUAUUCAUCUUAAAGAGGUUGCAAAAAGCGAUUGAUACCGUGGGACAGAGACAAGAAUUGAUUGGCCUUGUGUUGAACCAUUUACCAGAUGUCACAUUGAUUGCACAGCCUCUCACUUCAAAGUCAUCCAAAUUAACCCAUUUAACUGCAUUGACAAUCAUUGACAAGUAUAAGUCAUUGGUACCAUCGUCUAUCAACAAGAGCUCAUUACUGAAACUAGUUUCAACAAAAGUGUCUGACAUUGUGUCCAAAUCAGACUUGUCCAACUACGACUUGUCCAUACUUGAUCUCUAUAUGAACUUGCAAAACCAAGACUUCAAAUGGUGGAACAAGAACAAUGGGGCAAACUCGUUCUACACGUCAUUGAUCAAGUUGGCAUCGAAAUCAACCAUAGCACCAAACUUUGCCACCAAGAUUUACCAUUUACUCAACAGGCUUUCAAAAGACAAGAUGUUUUUUAAUCAACAUCUAUUGGUGACUCCAGUAAUGGCCUUGAUCUACUCGUUGGAUUCAGAAAUGACACUGGAAUUUUGGAACAUGUUUGAUGAAGUGGUUGCCCGAUGCGUUCGUAGUCCUUAUAAAUAUCUCGAUUUGGCUCACGACAAGUACAAGGAAGAGAGUAUUUUUGUGGUGGCGAUGUUUGAGCAGUUUAAAUUUUUGUUGGAAAAGGGUAAUGUUGAGGAAAAUUUAAAGUGGUUGUUUAGGUUCUUGAAGUACUUGAUUGUGCUUGGUGGGAACAAGACGGUAUUGGCAUCACUUGUGGACCAACUAGAUGUCAAUGAUUCAAUUACGAAAUGGAACUUGAAUGAGUUGUUAUCAUUUGAGACGACUCUGCAUACAGAUGCAGGUGCCUCAAUCUUGGAAUUAAUUUACAAUUCAUCCGUUGCACAGUUAGUUGCCAAACCCAACAUUAUUGAAAAGAAGUUGAUCUCGUCAAAUUUGGACUACUUGGCAGCAAUAUCGCUAGUAUCAUUGGUACAUGAAAAGGGGACUCCAGCAAGGCAACUCAUUUUGACGUUGUUUAGCAAAAUUUGGACCUUUUUGAUGAAUUCGGAUAAACAAGCAGUUGACUAUUUCACUUCGGAGAUGGUUUGGAGAAAGCUACUUGAUGAAUCGCGCAAGGGGACCAAUAGCCAUUUGGUGAUUCAGUUGUAUGGAGAGUGCAUCAGAUCACUUCCCCGCUUCCAUUCUCCAUCAUUGACGGAGUUUGUGUUUGAGAAAGUAUCUAGUGAAGAUUUAGGCUUUAUUGAUUACAUUUGGUUGUUGGAUGAGACUCAGUUGAGGAGCUUGCUAGACACAUCCGAUAGUUUGCUUUUUGAACAGGCAAUGGCGACAUGUCUUGAAAAACAGAUGACAAUCGAGGUUGAACAAUUUCAGAAAUUGUUGAAAUCUGAAUUAUCGAGGAGGAUGGAAUUGCUUACCAAAUUGCUCGAGCUGAACUUGGUUGUGCUUUCAGAUCUCGAGUUGAGAUUUGUCGUUGAGGAGAUUGUUGAUAGCUCAGAUGACUAUGAUUUACUACCGGCGUUGAUUGGCAAAUUCAACAACAUUGCCUCUUGGUUAUUGGAAAAGAGUUUGAAUGACUAUGCCUUGAACUUUUUGAUUGUGUCCUCAAUGAUCCAGAACAAUAUUGAUAUCCCUGACGUGUUCAUGAGACAAGUUGUUAAAACAAUCCAGCUAAAGUUGGCGUCCAAAACAGUUGAGGCACCAAUGUGGGAGCAAAUAUUGACUAUAUUGUCUGCACAAACAAACCCUGACCAAUCAAUUUUUGAAAGUGUUUUGGAACAGAUCGAUUUCAAGCAAACCACCAACUCGUCAUUUAUCCAAUUGAUCAAGAAAUUCCCGCAACACGAUAAGCUCAAAUCUUGGCUUCACAAAUCGAUGCUAUACAUCACUAAAAGCUUUGCUGAAUCUGAACUGCUUUCUCAAAACUUCACCUCAUUUUCAAAUUGCAUUGCGGAUUACUUCUUCUAUGCAGAUGUUUGGACCCUGGUUCCCGCCAAUAUUUUAAACACCCAAGUGGAGGUCAUUUUGCAAUCGAAAUUUGUCAGCGUCGAGUCGUUGAGAUAUGUGAUUAAAUUGCUACUCACUGCACCCAAGAGCAAGAUUGAUUUCUUGAAGCUAUUUCAAAUCGCAUUGGCUUCUUCAACAUGUUUGGACGUGUUGCCUAAUACACAGAAUGCCGGUUUGAGAUACUACUCAGCAUUCACUAUCUAUAUUCUUUUCAACUUUGACCACCUGAAAUUGUCCAAUAUUACAAAUCUCAGGACUGUGUUGGAAAAAUAUCAAGGAUUGAACAGAUGUGAGGAUUUGUUGCUCAAAUUUAUAUUGCAAAAAAUGGAGGCCAAAGUGUCGACUUCGUGGAUUGCAAAUGUGUCCAAUUGGGAAUUUUCCGAUGAAGUUUAUGAAAAUGAGUCAGAUUUGGUUGAGAUGGACAAGUUGAUUACGAAAAAGAAUGAACAAUUUACCGUGAGUUUGAACAAGGGAAUCAUUAAAAACUCAUUAAACUGUGCAGAGUUGACUCUCCCCCCAUUUACAAAAGGAGCUAACUUUUGGCAUCAAAUUGAAUCGUUGGAAAAACAGGCUCGUUUGCAAUCCACAAACCAUUUCGCAUACGAUUGUGAGUUUCUAUACAUGAUUGUUCUAAACAAUGAUGAGUUUUUGAAAUACACCAAGCAUGAAGAUUCAAGUGUAACAUACGCAUUCAAUAUGCGAAACUUGAUAGAUACGGGAGUAUUGCAAUUUAUCGUUGCAAACUUGUCCAAUACAAAGUACUUGCCGAUUGCCAGAAUUAUACUAAACAAGAUCCUCACUUCGAUUGACAUUGAAUUGAAUGCACAUUUCAAAGAUAAAAACAUUUUCAAAGUGUACAUAUCCAACAUUUGCUUCACUUUGCAACAACAACACGAAAUCCCGAAGUUGAUAUGGUUUGUGUAUUCCCAAUUUGUUCCCAUAUUGGCCAAUCCUGCUCAUUUCUUGUACGAGUUGAGCAUCCGCUAUGUUCUUGCACAUCCAAGCUUGAACAAAUGGGAUAUACCCUUGUAUAGUUUGAUCACGCACCCCGCGGACUCAACAGAAUGGUUUUACCGUGAAUUGAAUUGGUUGAUUGAACAAAUAACUAAUGGUUUAAGUUGCAGUUUGGACUUGUCAUUGCUCACAAGAAAUGUUAUUGAGUCAGUGUUGAACUUGCUCAAUUCAAAGACAUUGAAUAUGAAGUUGAAAGUGUCCAUUUUGAAAUUCAUUUAUAGAGUGCAGGAGAUUGAUCAAGGUUCGGAUUUGUUAAUUACGAGAUUCGGAGUACUAUCAUUUUUGGAAAUAUUGAGUAAAGAAUUGGAUGACAAUGUGUUUGAUCAACAAUUGAAGGUGAAUGCAUUGCAAAUUUUGAGUCGAUUCGAAAUUAGUGUUGGGAAGAGUGAAAGAGUUCUAGAUUGGACUGGUAACCAAUUGAGGAAUAAUUUGCAACGAAUUCACGAUAACUUGAAAUAG